AUGGGGCCCCCAAGCACAGCUUUCCCUGGCCGCCAGAGACAGGUUUUCUGCCGGCAUCCCUUUGGCGCUGCGUGGCCGGCUGCAGUUACAGGGGGAGGGCUGGAAACGGUUGCUGGUCCUGGCUGCGGCCUCGUUUCUGUGGAGUGGGCCGCGUUCAGGGUGUUGCCUGGGAUGGCUGUGGUCAGCUGCUACACAGGACGGAUGAGCUCAGGCCCCGGCGCAGCCGCGGACGGCCCAGGAGCCGCGUCGGGGCACCGCCGAUGCCUAGCACGGCUCAGCCGCUGUGAGGCUUGGGGGGCUUGGGGGGACACUCGUGUCAGCUCUGUGGAUGAAGCGCAAGGCCAAGGGCCCUCGCCCAGUCCGGCUGUGGUUCCGUAUCUUCACCAGGUGGUGCUCGCCCAGCCUGGGGAGGCGCCGAUGCUGUGUGGGGCGGCGGACACGAGACGCUUACCCAGCCCUCCUACGGCACAGGUGGGCAGAGCCUGCGCUUUGGAACUGCAGGCUUGGGGCGGGGGCGCUGAAAGCGUGCCCAUCAGCGCUGUUACCGGUUAUGAUGAGACUGCAAAAAGGGUGCUCAUCAGAGUUCCGUCCCUGGAUGAAGUUCCUGCAGGGUCCUCUCUCUUCAGCAGCUGCUUUGAAUUUAGUCAGUGGGUCUCCUUUCCUUGCCGUCGAGGGGCAUUUCACUCCGCUGCUUUGCGCGGGAUCUCAGGGCCAGUGCCUUUGGAUGGAAGCACAUGA